CUUUGUCACUGUGGAUGGAGAGAACAGGGAACCAACAAGAAAUGUAUAGAAACGCUCUGAAAUCGUAGCUAACUUUCUUUGAGAAACAUCUGCUCUGCAGCCUCUGGAUUGGAAUCUACACCUCCAUCCCUUUAGGAUCCUACUUUUGAUCACUCACUUUUGACACCAUGUGCACAUUAGAGCCAGUCUGCCCGGUGAAUGCCACCAUCUGCACGGGCACGUCUUGCCUGGUGCCCCGUGAUCCAUUCAACGACAUUCUCAGCGUUGUGAUGAGCGUUGCCAUUACCGUCAUGUUGGCCAUGGUUAUGUUUUCAAUGGGCUGCACUGUUGAGGCUAGAAAACUGUGGGGGCACGUUCGCAGACCCUGGGGCAUUUUUAUAGGUUUCCUUUGCCAGUUUGGCAUCAUGCCUUUCACAGCCUUCAUACUUUCAUUGCUUUUCAACGUGCUGCCAGUCCAGGCGGUGGUCAUCAUCAUCAUGGGCUGCUGCCCUGGAGGAUCAAGCUCUAAUGUUUUCUGCUACUGGCUUGAUGGAGACAUGGACCUAAGCAUCAGCAUGACAGCGUGUUCUUCAAUUUUGGCUCUGGGAAUGAUGCCUCUUUGUCUGCUCAUUUACACCACAAUCUGGACUGCAGGCGAUGCGAUUCAGAUUCCUUACGACAAUAUUGGGAUCACACUGGUGAGUUUGCUUGUGCCUGUCGGUCUUGGGAUGUUAGUGAAACACAAGUGGCCUAAAGCUGCCAAAAAGAUCCUCAAGGUUGGAUCUGUGGUGGGAAUUGUCCUCAUCAUCGUCAUUGCAGUAAUUGGUGGUGUGCUUUAUCAGUCCUCAUGGACCAUUGCUCCCUCACUUUGGAUCAUUGGUACCAUUUAUCCAUUUAUUGGAUUUGGCUUAGGGUUCCUCUUGGCACGCUUUGUGGGCCAACCUUGGCACAGGUGCCGCACCAUUGCUCUAGAAACAGGCAUGCAGAACGCCCAGCUGGCAAGUACUAUUACCCAGUUGUCCUUUAGCCCUGCAGAGCUUGAGGUCAUGUUCGCGUUUCCCUUAAUCUACAGUAUCUUCCAACUGGUUGUGGCUGGGAUUGCAGUGUCAAUUCAUUACUCAAUCAAGCGCUGUAGACAUCAGACGUUGGUGGAGGAGGAUGGGGAAGGCACCACUGAGGAUUGCGAUAAGCACAGUUACAGCUUGGAGAAUGGUGGUUUUAGCUGUGAUGAAAAUGGCAACAAUCAAAACAAAGACAAAGGUACAAAAUUGUGAGCUUAAACGCUCUGCUAGUGGGCCGGCGCUGACCUUCUGUUGACAUGAACUGUGAACAAGCUAUUCAAGCUUAUUUCAAGAGUCAACCCUAGUCAAAACCAAUGAAUGCACUUUCAAAUGCUAUAAAGUAGACAGAACAAAAUUGAUGAGUCUGCCUACCUGUUUAUAUAUGCAAAACUCUCUGUCUCUCUAGAUUGUGUUUUGUCUUGGGUCUGCAACAUUUAAGUAAUACAUUGUAAGUCAGUGUACAUGUGUGAAAGGAUUGCUAAAAAUAUACUCCCUUCUUAGAUCUUCUUAAAAAUACAUUUUAUUCCAUCGCUGGUGUAAUAAAGCAGUUUACAGUAAUUUAGGGAAACAUGCGGUGCAUAUAUACAGUAAGUUGAACAUAUGCUAAUUUAUUCAAAUGUUACUUUGUAUACACAUAAUUGUAAUGGUCUUAAAACUGCUUUAAGCAUUUAACUGCUAUAAAUUACCAUGUAAAAGCUGUUGAAAGUUUUAAUGCAGUGUUUUACUUUUUAAUGUGUUAUAUUUAUAUGCAAAACACCCUGAAUAAAGGAAUAUUUAAACAUGCAA